AAAGCCAUGACCAACCGAUGCAUAGGACGCAGUGGCCGUUGUCGCCUUCUGUGAGUCCCCUCACCUCAACUCUCAGCGCCGGUGGUUGGGUGGUUGGCAAUUGACGCUUGAUAAUCUGUCUUUGCCCUUGGAAUCGGUCGUUCCAGACUUCGCUUUCGCCCCAUCUCAUGUUCUUGAUUUCUGGAAGAUAUCUGCGUGGACUGACUGCCAGGCAACAGAAGGAACGAUCUUGGCUCUUCGUAUGCCCCCCUUUUGCCUUAAUUUCAUUUUAUCUACUUUCUCCGGCUGUGCUUCUCUCCGUUGCUCUUUUCUUUUGGGAUUUCGUUCUCAAGUGGGUUAAAGCAACUCCAAAAGUCCGGCAAAAUCUUUUCUUCACUCCGAAACUUGUCUCGUUCAAUCCUAGGGUUUCGUUGUCCAGGGGAAAAUUGGCUCCUUUUUGUCGCUCGUGUGAGAUUCCAACCUUUUUGUCAUUUUUUUUUAACUGGCUGAGUUUUUUCUGGAGGUCUGAACUGAGCAAUUUGAGGUAACAUUUUGGUGUGGGUUUGAGGGCUUUCUUCCAAAAGAUUUCCCCUUCGAGUCAUGAAACCGGAUUUAAGUGGUUGCGAUCUGACAUGAAAAUUUCAUCCUGCAAUUGUAACUAUCCCCUUGUUUGCUGCUCGAAAUCGUCCGACGUCUACGACCCGCCCAACUCUCGGAAGUCGCAGUGCAGUGGUGACCAAAAUGUUGCUACGCCAAUUCCUGUUGUAUCGGAGGAAAAGGAUUCUGAUGAGAAAGUUGUGUUCGAACAGAAAAGUGCAGAGGUUGGGAACUGUGAGAAAUUGCUAAAGAGCAGCCUAAAAAAGCCAAGAUCACCAGAUCCAGAGCAGGUUGUAAAGGGAAACGUUAAGUGGAUGGAUUUGUCAGGGAAGGAACUUGUCGAGAUCAAGGAAUUUGAACUUAGCGAGUCUGAUGAAGAUGAUUAUAACAGCGGCAACAGAGGAUCCAUUUGUGCGAUUCAAUGAUAACAAAUUCUUUGCUUUGGAUGAACUCCUAGAUUACCAUGGAUCAAAUGUGCAGCUACUUUGAAAAACUUGAUCUUUUAGAUCUUUGUUUCCUGAGAUGAUUAUGCCAUGAAAAUCCUGUUUUUUCAGCUCAUGACAAUUUUGUUUGACUGAAUUUGUUUAAUUGAAUUCAAGCUGUGGGAGUUGAUUCACAUUUCAAAUUAUUGGAUGUAGUUGGAAAUAAAUGGAGAUCCCUUUGGAGGAGAGGGAGAUAAUGUCGUUUGUAUUUUAAA